AUGCCUUUCAGAGUAACACUUCCCCAAUACCUGUUUCUUCUUGGACUUGGGUAUACAUCUGCUACAGUCUCAUGUGCAUUCCUCAACAUGGUACCUGUAUUUACAUUCAUCAUGUCACUUCCAUUUGGGAUAGAGAAGGUGAACUUGAAAAUCAAGAGUGGCAAAGCCAAAACCUUGGGAGCAAUUGUGUGUAUUGGUGGAGUUUUGGUGUUAGCCCUUUAUAAAGGAAUUCCCUUAAACAACCCACAAUCUCAACACAUAGCACAUAGAGAUACAAAUGGGCCACCAGCUGCAAAGUUAGAGAAAUGGAUUGUAGGAUCAAUACUUCUGACUGCAGGUUGCAUUUUGUGGUCUUCAUGGUUUGUUCUACAAGCAAAGAUUAGCAAAAAGUAUCCAUAUCAAUACUCUAGCACUGCUAUUUUGUCACUUUUUGCUACUAUUCAAUCAACAAUAUUAACUUUGGUCAUCAAGGGAAAGAAUGGCUCAUGGAUCCUCAAAGGAAAGCUAGAAAUAGUGUGUAUAAUAUAUUCUGGAUUGGUGGGAUCGGGGUUGUGCUAUGUCGCAAUGUCAUGGUGUGUCAAACAAAGGGGUCCAGUUUUUACUGCAGCAUUUACCCCUCUUUUACAAAUAUUCGUAGCUGUUCUCGAUUUCUCAAUACUAAAGGAGGAAAUAUACUUGGGAAGUAUUGCAGGAUCUGCCUUGGUUAUUUUUGGCAUGUAUAUUCUUUUAUGGGGAAAAAGUAUUGAGGAAGAGCAAUGUGUCAUGAAGGAUACACAAGAAAAUCAAGAUGUAGAAUGUCAACGAUAA